GCCGCUGACGUGAAAAAUUAAAGAGAAAUGUCAAAGUGUGAACCAACAAACGCCGAAAAUGUCUGAAGAAACAAAUUCAAACAUAACAAUGAAAAUUGAACCAAUUGAAUCUUUUCAAAUGGAACAAGAAUUUGAUGAUUAUCCUCAAGUGAAACAAGAAUUUGAUGAUUAUGAGAAUAUGCUAGAAAAUGAUGAAGUUUGUCUACAGCGAUUUUUAAAAUCUGAAGUUACAAUAGACGAUGAAAUAAAACAAGAAACUAUUGAUGACCUUGAUGCAACUACUAGCACAAACGAAGCAAGUUUAGAUCAGGAAACAUACAACUCAGAACAACUCCUUAAAAGAAAACAAAACUUGGAGAAACAUAAAAUUGUUCAUAAUAAAAAACGCUUACAUAAAUGUGAGGUAUGCAAUAAAACGUUCAAAGAAAAAAAAGCAUUAGUAGUACAUGAAAGGAUCCAUACUGGAGAACGCCCUUUUCAGUGUGAUAUAUGUAAUAAAACCUUCAGAGAAAAAAAAGCACUAAGGUUUCACAAAAUGACUCACACAGAUCUACACUUAAAAUGUAAAAUAUGCCUGAAAAAUUUCAAAACCCAAAAGGCAUUAAAUAUACAUGUAAAUCAUCAUACCCAAGAAAAUCCUACAUGCGAAUAUUGCAAUAAAGCAUUUUCAAACAAGGGGAGAUUGAAACAACACAUAAGGUUACAUACCGGGGAAAGGCUCUAUAAAUGUGAAAUAUGUGGUAAAGGAUUCAUUAGGCCGGAGUCGCUGAAAACUCACAAACUAAUCCAUACUGGAGAGCUCCACCAUGAGUGUGAUAUUUGCCAUAAAAAGUUUGCACUAUUACAUGUCUUGACAAGACAUUUGUUAGUGCACAAGGAAGAUCGCCCUCACAAAUGUGGAAUAUGCAAAAUAACAUUUAAACUAUCGCAUCAUUUAACGAGACAUUUAUUAACACACACAGGAGAACGACCAUAUAAGUAUGAGGUAUGCAAUAUGGGAUUUAAACAAUCGGCACAUUUAAAAAAACAUUCAUUUGUGCAUACUGAAGAACGCCUUUUUAAAUGUGAGACAUGUAAUAAAGCAUUCAAAGCACAAUUUGCAUUAAAAAGACAUGAAUUGACGCAUGAUUGAUACUUAGUAAAGAGUUCUUUAAAAAGAAUCCUUGAAUUCGCUUUUAUUUACUUAAUAUAUUAAUAACAAUAUAUGAUCAACGCUACUGACAUAGAUGAACAAGCAUAAGUAGAUUGCAAACAAGGCCGUUUUGACGUUGCAUCAAUUUUAUUUCUUUCAGCAUAUCAAAGAGGUCACCACCAACUGUAGCAUGUAAAUUUACUCUUAGGUUCAAUUCUAGAUAAGAUUUAUAUAAAUAUAUAAUAAUAGAUAAACAAGUAUAAAUAGAUGGCAAACAUGACCGCUUUGAUCUUAUAUCAACUGUAAUUCUUUCAGUAUUUAAUAGAAGUCACCACCAACCGAAGCAUGUAAAUUUACCUUUAGGUUCAAUUCUAGAUAAGAUUUAUAUAUCAUAGAGUUCGCCACCAACCGUAGCUCUCAUACCAUAGACCUGCCUCCAGGCAGACUUCCAUUUAUUAUUAUUAUUAUUAUAUGAUCAAUU